AUGGUGUUCAAAUCCAAAUACCCAGAUAUUGAAUACCCCACAGACUUGACAGUGUGGGAAUGGGCAUUUGAGGACAAGAGGUACUCGCCAAUAUUUCGCAAUCCGCCUAGCAAGUUGGCAGGGUUCUCCAAUGCUGUUACUCGGGAACGUCUAGACUUCCUUCAAGUCAAGGAACAUGCGACCCAUUUAUGCACUGCUCUGACAAGCCAAUACGGCCUGGGCAGAGGCGACACUGUAUCUCUGUUUAGCCAGAAUAGUAUAUGGUACCCAGUGGCCAUGUUCGCCGUUUUGAGGGCAGGGGGUAGAGUCAAUGGGGCAUCUCCCUCUCACACCAUAGACGAGAUGGCAAAUGCUCUAAAGACAGCGGAUACCAAGUUCAUCAUGACAGUACCACAAUCCAUCGACACAGCCCUCGCCGCUGCGCGAAAAGUUGGGAUCCCUAUUGAACGCAUAUUCUUACUUGAAGGGGAGCUCCAGGGCCAUGCUUCAAUGCCUCAACUGUUGGAAAUUGGGCGAUCUCGGGGCGAAGAAGGACAGACACCCUUUUUUCGGAUUGCGAGUGGCCAGACCAACGAUGUCUGUGGUUACUUGAACUUUAGUAGUGGAACAACCGGGCUUCCGAAAGCCGUCAUGCUAUCACAUCGAAAUGUGAUCGCCCAGUGUCUUCAGCUGGGGUCUGCCUCCGGACCCGAGAGGAGGAGAUUUUUAGCUUGCCUGCCCCUGUUCCAUAUUAGCGGUCUUGUUCGCUUCCUACACUGGCCCUUUGCUAGUAAUGACGAGUGUGUCAUGUUACCACAGUUCACAAUGGAGAACUUUCUAAAGGCCAUUGAGCAAUUCAAAAUAACCGACCUCGCCCUCGUGCCUUCUAUCGUCAAUCGCUUGGUCAAUGACCCUAUGGUGGCCAAAUACGACCUAACAAGCGUCAAGCUCAUCGCGUGCGGGGCGGCACCAGUAGGGGAGGAAGUUAUUAAGCUUCUUGAGAAGAAGUUGCCCUGGACAGGGUUCAGGCAAAGCUAUGGCAUGACAGAGUCCUGUUGCUGCUUGACAACCCAUCCUCCCGAAUUCUACAGCUACAAGUAUGCCGAUAGCGGGGGUGUACUUUUGGCAUCCACGGUCAUCAAAAUUGUUGACCUAGACUCUGGAAAAGAGCUUGGACCCAACGAGACUGGAGAAAUACUCGCCAAGGGGCCACAAAUUGCCAUGGGAUAUCGUGCCAACCCAAAGGAAACAGCCGAGACCUUUGGAGCCGAUGGGUUUUUACACACAGGGGAUAUCGGCUGUGUAGACGACAUAGGCUUCAUCCACAUCGUUGAUCGCAUCAAAGAGAUGAUCAAGGUCAAAGGCCAACAAGUAGCGCCAGCAGAUUUAGAACAGCUUCUGCUCGGCCAUCCAGCCGUUGAAGAUUGUGCGGUGCUAGGGAUACCCGACGACCGGAGCUCAGAACGACCAAAAGCUUUUGUUGUAUUGAAGCAUACUGUAAGUCCAAAUCAUGAGAUUGCAAGAGAAUUAUUGCAGUACGUCAAAGAUAGGAAAAUUAGGUACAAGUGGCUGAAGGAAAUUGAGUUCAUUUUUGAAGUGCCAAAAAGUCCGAGUGGCAAGAUACUCCGGCGGGUUCUGCGAGGCAAGAGAGCUAGAGAGGAUACUUUGUUCAUUUUCAGAGAUAUUGCAGAGAGUUCCAGGCUCUGA